AUGUUUUUAAAACCAUAUAAAUUGAAAAACAAUGUUCCAUUGAAAGGAUCUGAAGUAAAGAAAUUACGACAACGUUUACAAGAAGCUUUUCCCGAUAAGGAUGCCGGGCAAUUAAUAUCGCCAAAGGCAAGUGUCAGCCUACUGAAACUAAUAACGCAUGGCGAUUUUCAAUCUUCGGUCUAUUGUGUGGACAAGCAACCUAUGUUUUUCGAGAUUGAAGGCGGACGUUUAGCACCCACCGUUAUGGCGCUAUGGCAGAUGAACAAUUUAUUACCUUAUUUUACUACACAUCCCGAAGUAUUGCCUAGGCUUAGCAAUGGAGCAGAUUUAAUGCUGCCUGGCGUAAUUCCUAUGGGGACAGGGAUGAACGUUUAUGGGCGCUAUAAGCAAGGGCAGUUAGUGGCUGUUAAUUUAACUUCUAAUAAGGCAGCAAUAGGUGUAGGUAUACUGCCUCGUUCCAGUGACGAUUUGUACAUGAGCGGUGGGUAUGGCGUAGGUGUAAAAAUAUUGCAUGUCUUUGGUGAUAAAUUAUGGAGUCAUGAGCCCACUUUGGCGCAGCAAGUACCCGUAAUUCAAAGCGCCAAGCUCACUGAGGAUGAUUUUCCACCUCUAGGCACUAAAAAUCAUAAUACGGAAUUAUUGCAGAAAUCUGCAAUAUUGGAGGAAGAUGCGGAGGAAGUGAAUACUGCAACAGGUCAGCAGGAGGAUGACAAUCUUAAUAACAUAGACAACACGAUUUCUGUUAAUUCAGUAAGCGAAGAAAUUUCAAAUAACUUCGCUCAGAAUCUGGCAAUUAAUAAAGAUGAAAAGGAUAUUGAAAAUGAAUUGGCUCCAGAAGCAAUAUUAAAGGAAGCAUUUCUUGCUGCUUUGAAGAAUAAUCGAAAAUCAUUGCAGCUUCCACUGCUCACUAGCAACUUCUAUCGACUAUAUAUCGUACCGGAAGCGAAGCAAGCAUUGGAUUUAAAAAAAAGUAAAUAUAAAAAGCUUUCGAAUUUCCUGAAUGAAAUGAUUGAUGAGGGUUUCAUUGUUAUUCGCGAAGAGACUAAAGGUGUCGAUAAAAUCACAUCUAUUGACUUUGACCAUCCAGAGUUAGUAAAUUUCAUAACUGAUGUUAAAAAAUCGAAUAUAUCGGCGGAAGGAACGAACAGCGAAAAUCAAAAUCCUCUUUUCAAAUCCGAAUUAACAGAACUGUAUGUGAUUACUGACGCUACAGCUCCUUUAUUUACAAAAUUAAAUUAUAAACGCGGAGAAGCCAUUCCCGCUGUUCAAAUUAAGAAGGUAUUACGCGAAUAUGUAAACAAGCAACAUUUGUCUACGUCGAAUGAGUGCACGGCAAAUAGAUCGUAUGUUUUAGAUGAGAUUUUACAGCGAAUAUGCGAACGAUCAGCGGCUCCUUUAAAUUGUAUUGUCAGUUCAGUUAUAUCCAAAAUGGAGCACAGCUAUCAGAUGUGCAGCGUUAAAGAUGUCGCCAAUAAUAAGCCGUUGAUUCAAAUGUCGUUGGCAACACGUUCAAAAAAUAAGAAAGUAACACUUGUUAGUAAUAUUGAAUGCUAUGGGAUUAUAAUGAAUGAAUUCAUUAAAUUAUGCAAGCAAGGAGCGGCCGCUAGUACAACAAUUGUCACACUGCCAAAUCAGAAACGGGAGAUGUUACAAAUACAGGGCAAUCAAAUACGCUUUAUUUACAAUUUAUUGACACAAACUUAUCAAAUUCCACCAAAGUGUAUUUUGGGUUUAGAGCUGGCAAAGGAUGGUAAAAAGCAUCAAAAAAAGUAAAUUGUAUU